GUCCGCCCGCCCGUACACACCUAGCAUUCAUCCGCACCAUACAAAGAAGACCUCUAGUCAUCAGCCAGGCAGGCAGGCAGGCAGCCGGUCGCUGGAGGCCAAAUUGACGUACACACAUAUCGCCUCACCGGCCGUCUAAUGGAUCCACCAAUGCGUCUUGGGGGGAGGGGCUCUCUCUACGACGUCGACAGACAUACACCAUCCAUCCAUCCCUCCCUCACUCACUCAUUCAUCGACCGCACAAAGCACACGCAGUACCGACACGCACCUUAAAAUACACACACACACACACACACGAUCCAUGCCUAUAUCCAUCCAUCCAUCCACUGCUGGCAAAAGAAAAGGGGUUUCUACCAUUGAUGGCAUCAAUCAAACUGCUCCUCGUCCAUUUGGCCCGAGUAGUACACACACAAAUGAGAGCAAAAUGUGCCCACAACAAACAGACGGCGACAGCGAUCAACGAGUGAUUGAUUAAAAGUCAUGCUGUUCAGCCAAAUUCAACGCAGCCAUCACAACACAGACACACACACAGAUGCAUCCCGACCAUCAGGGCAGCGAUCGGCACACUGGGUGAGGCCCGGUGUGUGGGUAGUGAAGGCGCGGGGCAGGCUGCUGGGAGACGGGUAAGAAGGAGCCGGGCUGCCAGUGAUGCUGCUGCUGCUGCUGCUGGCCCGCGGGCGGGGUCGGCGUGUGUGUGGGUGGCGUUGGUGAGACGUAUGGAAAGGGGUACGAAUAGGAGACAGGCAGAGAAAUGGGCGCCUGCAAGGAAACAUGGAUCAACAGAUACAGCCUGUGUCAGUGGUCUGCGUGCACCAUGUGUGUGUGUGUGUGUGUGUUCGUUCUCGUUCACCGCUGGGACAGGCAUGAUGUGAAAGAAAGGCGCGUGAGUGGGCUGCACGGCGACGCGAUAUGAGGGUGGUGACGGCUGCAGGCAGACACACAACCCACACAGAGGGAAUGGACAGACAAUGCGGCUCACGACUUACCACAGACAGACCGAUGAUUGAGGACGGUUGCCCAUACGGCUGGGCGACACGGAGAGGGGUGGCUUGCUGCACGGGGCAGUGCAGCAACAAAAGGAAAAAUGCCAGCAGCAUCCAUCCAUCCAUCCAUGGAUGCAUCCAAGCAUACAUAUACCCAUACAUACCUGAUGGCGUUGAAACAUGACCAUCUGACUACGCCCAGGCGCCUGCACACACAUACAACGGCGCAGGGAGGUGGGGGAGGCGUGGGUAUGAAGGUGCGUGUGCUCUUGCCACCUGAGUGGUGGGUGGCACUUGCGGCGGUUGAGCACCGACACCAGCGCGACCAACGGCCUGAUUCAUGCGAAGAACAGCAUUCACAUACGUGUGUGACGCUGUGUUGCGUAUGUAUGGUGCUUCAUCCGACCUCUGCCUCACGCCCAUCUCCUCCCUCAUCCAGCAUCUCAGGUGCCGUCUGCUGCCUGGGAGGCACCAUCUCCCGGGCGGAGGAUGACUGGUGGCUUGGCGCCUUGGGGACGGCCAUGAUGGUGUCCUGAAAAUAUACAUUGAUAGAAUGAAGUCGAUCGGCGACCUGAUCGUUCGUUUGUACGUGUUACCUGUCCUCUGAGCUCUGCAGGGGGUUCGGGAUGCUGAGAGAGGGGGGGUGAAACCCUGCAGAACACACAACACAUCCAUCCAUCCAUCCAUACGGCGGCCUUAGUGUUUUCACUCACCCUCCAGCUCCUCGUAGCCAUGGGUGUCCAAGUGCCCGUCGAGCAGUGCAUCGCUGAGCGGGGUCCAGCCGCAGCAACGGCAACAGGAAGGCCGCGAACGCGUCAGCACUCUCCUCAUCCAUCCCUCUUUCCCGCUGCAGCUCCCCCCUGACAGAACGGCACAUCGACGGCACUCGCCCCUUCUUGGCGCAGAGGUGGUAGAUGUGGCCAGCCAAAACGUCACAGCCGCCUUCAUUGUCGACCUCGGCCUGCUUCAGGAAGGGUUCCUUCACGAGGUCUCUCGAGUAGCGGGAGGCGGCUGACACGGAGUCGCGGGGGCAGACUACCUCAUCGACUUGCACCAGCUGCUCUGCAUCGCAGCCCCAGCAGAAGGCGAGAGAGGAGGGGUCGGUGCGGCGAGGGCAGAUCUCGGGUGUGCUGCACUUGGCGACGUCAAUGAGGUGAGUCCCCGCUGCGAGACGGUAGAGCAGACAUCCAGCCGCGAAGAUGUCAACCGCAGAGGUGCAGUGGUGGCCCAGAACCAUCUGCAACACAGAGAACGCAACAGUUCAACACUUACAUUUUGUGCUUCGCUUGACCCAUCCCUUACCCACCUCGGGGGCGUGAUACUGGCGAGUCGUGGGGUCCCUCUCGAUGCCACUGUUGUGCUCCCACAGUGCCGUGCUGAGGUCGACUAUCUUGAAGUCCACGCCCUCAUUGUCUGCGUCGAUAGUGUCACCAAGCGGCAGGACGCUGGGUGGCAGCCUGACGGACGUACCGCCCCCAGUCUCGUCCCCUCUCUCUUGCCUGUGGUCGGCCACCCAAUGCCUCACUCGUUUCUCCCGCUCCCUCUGUCUCGCCUCCACGUCCAUCUUGACCCUCUCCUCGUCUGUGGCGCCAUCUCUCUUCGUGCGAUAGAGGGCGGUCUUCUCUGUGCUGAUGGCUUCGUCUGUCUGCUUGUGGCUGCUGAGGAGGGAGGGGUCGCUGUGCGAUGGGUACAGCUCGCCCGCUGGGAGGGAAGGAGACGUGUGGCUGGGGUGGGCUGGUGAAGGUGUGCAGGGAUGCGGGCCGCUUGGCGAGGGGAUGGUCGCUGCGACCUUCGCCGGCUUCAGAUUGCCGCGGAAGACCCCGCAAUGGCGAUGGAGGUAGUCGAGUCCCAACAAGACGUGCGUGGCGACCUUACGGACGAUGGGGAGUGGCACGCCUGCAGACGAGAAGAAGACAUAUAAGCAAUUCGAUUGAUCCUGUGCAUUGCAUCCCGCCCUCCCCGACCAUGAGGAUGCUGCUUGACCAGCUGACGAAGGUCAUGCCCGAGGGGCUCCAGCACCAGGCACAUGUGCCACAGCACCCCUCUCGCCUCCUCACGGCCAUUUGGGUUGGUGAAGUGUCGGUCGAGCAGGACGAUGGACGUGGGGCGGGGGCGGUGCGGACGGACUGAAGGGAGAGGGAGGUCCGGCAGCUCACGUUGCAGCUUGUCGAAACUCAACACCCACUCCCUGUCGGCCUUUGUGUUUGUGACCUUGAGGAAGGUGGCCUCUCUGUUGGCUUUCCCCUCCUUGAUGCUCAUGGCCGCCUUGAUGGCCACGAGGCGAGGGCCAUCGGUCGCCCGCUCAUCCACCGCAAACCACAGCGUUGCUGCAUCGCUGAAGCCCGCCUUCUGCAGAAUGCGGUAUCGACCGUUGUCCAGAAGCGAGCCGACACUGAUGUCCAUGUAGCCUCCAGCAACAUGGUGCUCUGACGGCUCGGUGUCUGAUUCUUCCAUCUCCCAAUCAACCGCUCGAAUAGCCUGAACGAGUCACAGAUGGCAUCGCACACGUGCUCAAGGUUUUCGCCUACCUACCUGUUCGGUCACUUCUCCUUCGGCGAGAACAGGCAGUCGUGAGGCUCCACUCAUCGUCAAAGUG